AUGGGCAGCGUCGACACAUCGCUCCACGCGCACACGUCCGGACGCGCAGCCGUCUACGCGGAGAAGCACAGCGUCACGCACCCACUGAUCCUGUAUGGCGGGUGGUUCUGCCCGUUCGUGCAACGUGCAUGGAUCACGCUGCACGAGAAGAACAUCGACCACCAGUACUUCGAGAUCAACCCGUACAAAAAAGAAGCCGAGUUCCUCGCACUGAAUCCUCGAGGUCUAGUACCAACGCUGGCGGUCCCUGUUGACAAGGGCAGCCGUCCCGACCAGAAACCGCUCUACGAGAGUAGCGUCAUCUGCGAGUAUCUCGAUGAAGUAUAUGCGGAUGAAAGCAGUAAUGGACCAUCGUUGUAUCCGGUCGAUGCCUAUGAGAAAGCGCGUGCGCGGAUCUGGAUUGAUCAUGUCAGCGGCAAAAUCAUUCCGGCGUUCUAUCGCUUCAUGCAGCAUACGGAUGCCAAGGCGUAUACGCUUGAUGAGGCGAGGGCGGAGCUACUAGGCCAUCUGAAGACUUUCAUCCGGGAGGCAGACCCUAAAGGCCCAUUCUUUCUCGGAAGUCAGUUCAGCAUGGUCGAUGUCAUGUUGGCGCCGUGGCUUUGUCGCCUAUUUUUGUUUGACGUCUACAAGCAAGGUGGAUUAGGCGUGCCGGCUAGGGGAGAGGGUGGCGAGGAUGAAAACGCUUGGAAUAGAUGGAGGGUUUGGGCCGAUGCUGUGGAGAAUAGGGAGAGUGUGCUGGAUACGCUCAGUGAGAGGGAUCACUAUGUCGAUGCUUAUAAGAGAUAUGCCGAGGACACGACCCAGAGUGGCGUGGCUAAGGCGACAAGAGAGGGUCGGAGACUGCCUUGA